AUAGACGCAGCCAUGUCUUUGGUGGAUAGUGCAGCAGUCUUUGAAGCAAGGGCCAGAUCAAUUGGCAUCGACGACCAGGUCAUUGCCCAAAUGACACUCAGAGGAUGGGUGUCGCAUGCAACAUAUGCAUUCUCUGUUGCAACAACGCCUGGUGGAGACGAGCAGAUUUUUGCAGAUGGCGUCAUAGUGCCCCUGCUUGGCAAUGCUGACCAUCGGGACGCCCCAAAGUUGAGGCGAUUGUUCUUCAAAUCACAUACAUUGACAGCUGCUGAGAUGCGGAGAAAGGUUGACGCUACUGAACAAGAGGCGCCCAGGAAACUUCCAGCGCCAGAAAUCUCUCAGAGAAUUGAGAUGCUGCAAGAGAGGAUCCGUCCUUUGAUUAUAGCAAAUUUCCUGGAACCUUCUCAUCACCUGGUCAACUCCCUGGUGCAAUGCGUUGAAGACGGCAGGGUGAGAUACAUUGAAUGGUCCAGAUGCACUUCAAGGACCCAGGAGGUGAACAACAUCAAGGAGGAUGGAGACUUGAAAGUUUGGAAAGCUGACAGCUCAGGUGCAAUCAGGGCUACAAGCAAGGAGCCCACUAUGUCAGCUGUCCUCACUACGGAGCUUGAUGUCCAUCACGCCCUGAGGAGGCGUGGAGUUGCUUAUGAAGUGGCUCAGGCGAUGUCGUUUGAGGUGCACGAGAGAAUCAUCAACUAUUUCUUCUUUGAGUUGAAGAAGGAGCCCGUGGAAGGGUUCGCUCAAGUGACCUUGCAACAAGUUGCAGCAGCGGACAGGGAGUUACAUGUGAGGCUGGCUGAAGCUACACGUGCAGGCUUUCGAAACGGGCCCGCAGGAGAACUUCCCUUGGAUUUGCACGUCCAGACCAUUUUGGACGGCCCAGAACUCAAGUGGUUGCUAAUGCCGCUGCCAAAGCGAUCAGUUGGAAAAAGCUUAACAGCCGACACCAACGUUGGCAAGACAUCCAAGGAGGACGAGCCCAAGCCAAACAGAACAGAGCCCAGCAAGAACAAGCAGGAGGCGCUCAAGAUCAAGCGGUUGAAAAGGGCAGUGGAUGCCCACAGCUUUCGAUGGUUGCAAAGCGAAAGCGCUCAGCAACGGACACAUCAAAUGCCGAAGGGCAUGAGCAACUUUUCGAAGUCGAUGAAAAGCCAUCGGCUCAGUUUGAACCUGCUGCAAAUCAAGAAGUUGAUGGACCUGCAGGCACGGGUGCGACAGCGCAUUCAAAACAACUUUUUCUUUUGGAUUUAUUUUGUGGGACAGCUGGAGUGGCUGCAGCGUUUAGAGCGUUGGGUGGUGAGAGCUUGGGCAUUGACCACAUAA